AUGCAUAAACAAGGCAAGAAGUUGCAGUUUGAUUUUUAAAAAUAGUCACCAAGAAAGUUUUAAAAUUUAACUAAUCAUACUUAAGAAAGUGAAUUAUAAUCUGAUCCUUAUGGCCUAGUUCAAACUAGAUUUGAGAAUUCUAUGUAAAUGAACAUCAAGGAACAUGUUGAUUAACUCUUUGUAUCAAACAUCUUGUCCUAUUUAGAACAUUCUAAAAUCCAUUAAAGAUGAUUUAAAGCUAAGUCGAGAUGACAUGAAUAUUAUAAAGAACGAUUUACAAAAAAUGAAGUCUAAUCAAUGUAGAGAUGAAGAUCGAUUUACUAAGUCUCUUCUCUAAGAUGUACCCAUUUAAAUGCUAAUUAGAUGAACAAGUAGAAAAAUGAAUUAAAGAAAUUACAACUUAUGACAUCAACUGCUUAUGGAAGUCUUAACUAACAAAUCUCCUCAUUACAGAAUGACAAGGAUUUCAUCAAAGAUAAUUCUAAUCAAGUUGAAUUGGAUACUUAGUUGAUUGAAACCGAAAUUGGAUUUAGGAGAAUAUAUGAUAUAUGA